AUGAUCUGUCUCUUUCGGCUUGUUGGCGCCAUCACAUCCCUCGUCUCAAUUCAUCACCCGUCCGAAGGGCUCACCAUCACGUACGACAUCAUGAACAGCUUCGGCUUGUCUGCAACCCUUUCCACGGCCCUCGGUCUCCUGGAUCGUGUGAACAACGGCAUGGAUGGACACGGCCUCUCUCCUCGGGUCUUCCACGCCCUCCAUCUCCCCACGCUGGCUGGUUUGAUCCUCAGUAUCGUCGGAAGCACAAAUGUCUUCAGCAGCGACCCAUCUGAUGGUUCGACUGGUUUCACUGAACUGAAGGCAGCAGUCUGUCUCUUCCUGGUCGUCUUUAUCGCUGACACCCUCAUCACCGGGCUAUCAUUUCUUAGAAUUGCUCAUGUUCAGUCUGGUGACCGUCGCUUACUGUUUGCGGUCGCUGCAGCGUUGCCCUUCAUGGCGGUCCGGAUGGUCUUUUCACUCCUGUGCAUCUUUGCCAACGAGCCCAAAUGGUUCAGCAGCUGGAGCCUUGAGGGGCCUGCAAUAAUUGUCCACGGUGCAAUGGGGGUCCUUAUGGAGGCCAUCAUAGUCAUGAUCUUCGUCUGCGCUGGGCUGGCAACUGAGCCUGCAGUCAAGCCAUUGGCCCAUGAAGGGAAGGUCAAGUACGAUUUCAGCGCUCGGAGCGUUUGA